AUGGAUAGCUGGAGGGUUGCUGUGCUUGGCGAUGGUGGUGUCGGUAAAACUGCUUUGGCUGUUCAGUUCACUCUCAAUUGUUUCGUUGGUAAGCCCAACCAACUACCAUGUACUUUCUACUGCAAUCUAAUGGCCUCGACCCUUCCUCCCAUAUUAUGGUACAGAGAAGACGCUUAUAGGAAGCAGUUAAUUGUGGAUAACAAGAUGUGCUUCGUCGAAGUCAUCGACACUGCUGGGCAGGAGGAGUACGCCACGCUGCGUGACCAAUGGGUUCGGGAGGGCCAGGGAUUUAUUCUGGUCUACUCCAUCGCAUCUCGGUCAACAUUUGAACGGCUGGACGUUUUCAGACAGUCGAUGCUCAAAGUUAAGCGCCAAAAACCUAUCUUCAUGCUGGUGGGCAAUAAGUGCGACAAGACAUACGAGCGUGAAGUCUCACGUGAGGAAGGCAUAGCGCUCGCUCGGACAUUUGGCUGUGAAUUCAUGGAAACAUCAGCAAGAACAGCAUAUAACGUCGAGCUACUUUUCACCAACCUAGUACGUGCCCUACGGCAGACGAAACGAUUGGAAUCUGGUGGAUCAGGGGGGAAACAGAGCGACAAGCAACCAAAGGACGGCGGCAGCAAGAAACCCAAAUGCGUGGUUAUGUGA